AUGGCUUCGCCGGUAGAAGACGAUGUCUUCGAGAAGCUGAAAAACAGGACGGACCACAAGCAGAACGACGAUGACCUCAAUGCGCGGAACUUUGCUCAACAUCAGAGAUCUCAGGAAAGGCUCGCCGAGCUUAUCGACGAUAACACCAGCCUGCCGGUGACCAUCUCCUCUGUCCGCAUCCUCCAUGCCAACCGCACGCGACGAAGCUUCCUGGAACGUGUGGUCAACCCCAUACUGAGCGCGAACCGAGAUGAACAGUAUACAUUGGAAGAGGCCCUGAAGGAGGUUGGCAAUGCGACAGACAAGCUGAAUCGCUUUGGCAUCUUCAAGUCGCCCAUAUCCGUGUUCCUCGAUCGACCCGACCCCACGAACCCUACUUCGUCACCUAAUGAGGUUGAUGUCUACAUUUCGGCGCAAGAGCGAGGCUCGUACACCAUCAAGACUGGUACCGAGGUUGGAUCUUCGGAGGGAGACGCGUAUAUCAAUGCAGAGCUGCGGAACUUGUUCGGCGGCGCAGAGACCUUGAAUGCAAAUGCUUCGCUUGGAACGCGCACACGAUCGGCCUACUCGCUUGCCUUUGAUAGUCCGAUUCUAUCCAACCCCGAUUUCAAGUUCCAGCUUAACGGCUUCGCGAGCUCAACAUUGAAGAGCUGGGCUAGCCACGAAGAGGUGUUGCGUGGUGGAAACUCUAAGCUUCUGUGGAGGACCAAGAAUGGACAUCAGCACGAGUUUGGCUACUCUGGUAUCUUGCGGCAAGUGACCAGUCUGGCAGAGAACGCGUCUCCCACGGUUCGGGCAGAGGCGGGGAAUUCGUUUAAGUCCAGCCUUACCCAUACGUGGAUCAAUGACCAGCGAGACAACCCAAUGAUGCCGCAACGAGGCUACCUAGCAAAGACGGUGUCUGAGCUUGCCGGUUACGGACCGCUCAAGGGCGAUGUAGCCUUCUGGAAAUCCGAGGCCGAGUCGCAGGUAGUACUGCCAUUCGGCGAUACUGGCAUCACUUUGACUGCUGGCCUACGUGGAGGUCUACUGUACCCUCUUGCACUUGGUGGAAGUAGUGCCCCACAGCAGUCGCGCAUCAACGACCGUUUCCAACUCGGCGGCCCUACGAACGUUCGUGGUUUCCGCCUUUGCGGUCUUGGGCCUCACGAUGGCUCAGACGCUGUCGGAGGCGAUGUUUUUGCCGCAGGUGGAGCCUCGCUCCUCUUUCCUGUGCCCAAGGUAGGAAAGGAGAUCCCUCUGCGUCUCCAAGCCUUCAUCAACGGUGGACGUCUGCUCUCUCUCAAGAACUCGAACAAGGAAGGCGGCCCAAUGGAUGCCGAUGCUGUGCAAAGCAGCGUGAAGAAGACACUCGCCAGCUUGCGCGAUGGUGUACCUAGCGCCGCGGCUGGCUUUGGCCUCGUUUACGCUCAUCCGAUUGCGCGAUUCGAGAUCAACUUCAGUUUGCCCUUGGUGAUCAGGGCAAAGGAAGAGGCGAGGAAGGGACUGAGCUUUGGAGUGGGUGUGGAGUUCUUGUAG